AACAUGAUCCUGGAAUUUCGUCACAAAAUUUACAUCAAUUGAGAAAGACCGUCCACCAAAAUUAUAAGUGCACAUUUUCUGUGCUCCUUUUUUUUUCACCAAACAAAAAUAAUUAUAAUAUCAACUUUUCCCACCAAUUCCUACGAAUACAAUGUCACAUGUACCAAGAAUUCAGUUAAGCCACAACGGAGGGAGCAUACCCGUGUUGGGAUUCGGCACCGCACCCGACCCACCAGUUGCAUCCGAGAUUACCAAAACCGCCGUCCUCACCGCCAUAAAAGCCGGUUACCGCCAUUUUGACACCGCUUGCCUAUACUACACGGAGGAACCUCUCGGGGAAGCCAUUGCUCAAGCGCUUAAGGAAGAUUUGAUCACAUCUCGUGGCGAUCUGUUCAUCACCUCUAAACUAUGGUGUAGUGAUGCACACGGGGACCGCGUGGUCCCCGCGUUACAAGCAACUCUAAGGAAGCUGAACAUGGAAUAUGUUGAUCUUUAUCUUGUACACUGGCCGGUGAGCUCUAAGCCGGGGGUGUACGAGUACCCGAUAAAGGAGGAAGAUUUCAUGGCCAUGGAUUACAAAUCAGUUUGGGAAGCAAUGGAAGAAUGCAAGAAGCUUGGAUUAGCAAAGUCUAUUGGAGUCAGCAACUUUUCUCGCAAGAAGUUGGCGCAUGUACUAUCCUUUGCUACCAUCCCUCCUGCUGUUAAUCAAGUUGAGGUAAAUCCAACAUGGCAACAAAAGGAGAUGAUUGAAUUCUGCAAAGCUAAUGGCGUUGUUGUGACGGCUUACGCUCCCUUAGGUGCUAUAGGGACAUUCUACGGUAGCAAGAACGUCAUGGAAUCGGAUACCUUGAAAGAAAUUGCCAAUCGUAGGUGUAAAUCUGUAGCUCAGGUAUGUUUGAGGUGGGCAGUGGAGCAAGGGAUCGCAGUGGUAGUGAAGAGCUUCAACGAGGAGAGGAUGAAACAAAACCUCAACAUAUUUGAUUGGGAAUUGAGUGAUGAGGAUCAUGAGCAGAUCAGAAAAAUUCCUCAAUUUAGAGUGUGUAGAGGAUUAGAUUACACGUCAAAGUUUGGUCCUUUUGCAAUUAUUGAGGAGCUUUGGGAUGGAGAGGUCUAAUUUGAAUGAUGAAUGUGUAUGUGAAAAAGCCACAUUUAUGAAUUGAAUUGAAGAAGCAAUAACAAGCUAUACUAUAGUUUAAUUUACUUGAAUCUUUUUAAUUAGUUUGCACUUUGGCAAAGAAUUGUUCUUGCCCUGGCCGAUAGCUAGUAUGCACGGGUCGUGGGAUCAAAUCUUACGACCUGCGUAGUACAAAUUAAUGAGUGUAAGUUUUAUAAGAUUUCCUUUGAAACCAUACAUUAGGCCAGUACUUUUACUAUUUGUGUGUGAGAUGUUGUUCGUAUUUUUGUAACUAGUUGUGGGACCGUGCGCGUUGUACUUUUACUA